GUUCUCCUAUUUUUCUCUUGAAGUAAUCUGACGGCUUGACCAUUGAACAGUGAAAAGUGAAAACAGACAAGAAGAGUGAGAGGAGGGUUCCAUUAAAUUCUUCUGCUGCCAACCCCAAAUUUAUUUAUUUCGCUUGGGAGAAAGUUCUGCACAUUUGGUACAGUUCAUGGGCUUCACGUCGUGUCACCUUCUCUCACCAAUCUGCUUCACGAACCCAGAAAAAUGAAAAGGGAAAUUAAAUGGAGAAACCUUGAGAAAAAGGAAUCAUGGGAAAGCCAUGCAUUUCACUAAAUAUAUUUACCCGCCACCAACCGGCCAUCCACCGCCACGCCACGGAAACUGCCCUUUCCUUCCCCUUCACUUUCUCCCCCGCGCUCUUUCAUCCAUUCUGUUUCUUUCUUCUUCAUUUGUCAACUCUUCUGUUCCACCAUCACCUACCUUUAAUGGCAUCCACGAUCAUCCUCCAAACCAAACCUUCCCCUCUCUACUACUACUAUAUCAUUACAAAGCCUAACCCCACUUGUCUUCUCUAUUCGUUCAAUCCCAUUUAGAAAAUGAAGUUCGAAGAUUACUUGGUGGAGCAAGCUGACGAUCAGAAGCAGAAGCAGCAGCAACAACAGCAGCAGCAGCAGGAGAAGAGGAUCAUCCUGGAGCAAGAGGUUGAGAAGCUGCAGGCGGAAUUGGAAACACAUCAGGCAAUAGGGAAGGUGCUGCACUCUGCACUUCAUGGCCCUGUUGCGUCAGCAACGAAUUCAUCACUUGCCUCGUUGCUUCCUCCUCACGUGCAGGAGCUUCUGUCGGAAAUGGCAAUGGUGGAGGAGGAAAUCGUCUGGCUGGAGAGGAAAGUAGGUGAGUUGAAACUCGGCUUGUACAACGACCGGAAGCUCGCCAAAGAAAGGAAGUUACAACUGAAGCAGCAACAGAGGCGGCAGAAGACAAAGCAUCAGAAGAAUUACUUGCCACUGCCCCCGCCAGCGCCACCAUGCGCACCUGUAGGGGAUCGCUCUGUGAUUAAUGGUGAUCUCUACCAGGUGUCGAAAUCACAGCGCCAUGCGGGUGGUUUCCGAAGGGAGAGGUUCAAGUUCAGAAGGGCUUCUGCUGGUUCUGCAGAAGAACUGUUCUGUAUUCUUCCCACUGCUGCUGCUGCUUCCCCAAAAGCCGAAAAGCCAAAGAAGCAACACAGGCGAAGAUCAAUCAUGCAGAAGGAACCCAAAAUGCAGAGAGAAGUAGUAUGUUACGAGAAGCCAAAUGAGCUAUCGGAAGAACUCACCAGAUGCCUCAUUGGCAUAUUUCUUGAUCUCAACCAGACGUCAGCUGUUGAAGAAACAGAAGAUUCAGCUAUCGUCCCAAAGCAUAGUAUCAUCUCCCACCGCACAAACUCGAAAGGGCCAAAAGCAGCUAUCUCGUCAUCAUUCAACUGUAAACAACCUUCACCGUGUGUUUCUUCCCCUUUCAAUGGGUCGCCAUCUUCGAACAUUGAUCCUUAUGGAAUUAUGCCGGACGAAGACAGUGGUGGUAUCAGAGACAUUGGACCCUACAAGAACUUCAUCCAGAUUGGAAACAGCUCUUUGGAUAUCAGCAGCCGAUUCAAGCAAACUUCACCAGCUGCUGAAAAGCUAAGGGAUCUGGUGCAGAAAUUGGGGAAUGUUGAUUUGACGUUCUUGACAUACAAGCAGAAGUUGGCGUUCUGGAUCAAUAUCUACAAUUCCUGUAUAAUGCAUGCAUUUCUAGAACAUGGACUGCCUUCCUCACAGGAGAAACUGUUGGCAAUCAUGAACAAGGUAUGCUACAUUCAUUUCAUGUCUCCCUAAAACACACUAUCCAUGUGCCCUAAAAAACUCUAGCAGAGUGGUGAUCAUGGUUCAGAGGAUGAACUUCAAACAAGAAUAGUGAGUGAUGUUUCCAUUCUUUAAUUCACAAGCACAGGCUGCAAUCAACGUGGGGGGAAUGGUGUUCAAUGCUCUGGCUAUAGAGCAUUUCAUUCUCAGGCAUCCAUGUGAAGCAAGCUAUGUAAGUAGAUAAACUGAGGAAUUAAGCAUAGACUCGUACAAUACUUCCACAAGAGAGAUUCAAGUUCAAAAACAAUAUAUAUAGCCUGACAAAGGAUGUCGAUUACACUUACAAAGGGCCCUGUGGACGACAAGGAAAUGCUUCUCCGCCAUACUUAUGGUGUUGGAUAUCCAGAACCGAACGUGACAUUUGCCCUCUGCCGUGGCAACUGGUCAUCUCCUGCAUUGAGAGUAUACACAGCAGACCAAGUGGUGAACGAGCUGGGAAGGGCCAAAGCAGAGUACUUAGAAGCUUCAGUUGGGGUGGUGAGGAGCAAGAGAAAGAUUGUGGUGCCGAAGCUACUGCAAUGGCACAUGCGAGACUUUGCCGACGAUAUGGACUCACUACUGGAAUGGAUUUACAGCCAGCUAUCACGCUCUGGUUCGCUCAAGAGGCUGAUGAUGGAAUGUCUGAAUGGAGGAACCAAAUCUCCAGCCACAAAGAUGGUGGAGAUUCAGCCUUAUGAAUACGGUUUCCGCUACCUGCUGCCUUUCUAAGAAUGAAUCCAAACGAGAGUAGAGAUGAUAGAUAUUGACACAACAAUCAAGACCCUGACUGCUAUUAUAGAGACUGUCAAUACUUAGGUGGUAAUUUCUUGCUUUGCACUCAAGAUCAGCAGAAGUGAACAGCUGAUGAUGUAACUAAAGUUCUAUAACUUCAUUCUAGUUAAUACAGAGAUAAAUAAAGGGUGUGCUCGUUUUG